AUGCCCAUUCACAACGUCGCCAUUGUCGGAGCAGAUGGCGAGCUCGGUCCAUCAGUCCUCAAGGCCCUGGCGUCAUCAGGACAUUUCAACGUCACGGUUCUGAAGCGCAAAUCUUCCACUUCAAAUUCGACCUAUCCACAGUCAGUCCAGACGGUGUUUAUCUCAGACGAUUUCCCCGCCGAUGAGCUUGUCGCAGCGCUCAAAGGUAUAGACGCAGUCGUGGUCACCGUCAAUGGCACCCUGGCCGAUCUCCAGAAGCGUAUCGCGGACGCCGCCGUCACGGCUGGCGUGAAGCACUUCAUACCGGCCGACUUUGGCAGCUGCGAUUCCCAGGACCAGCUGACCCGCGACCUUGUGCCGCUCUACCAGAGAAAGGCGGAUGUGCGGGAGUAUCUACGGCAGCUGGCAUCUCGCCAUGAGAAUUUCUCCUGGACUGGUAUAGUCUGCGGGCAUUUCUUCCAUGCUGAGGCCCUGAGGUUCAUGCAUAUCGAUAUAAGAUCACGCACAGCGGAAGUAUUGGAUGACGGAGAGACGCGCUGCUCCGCUAGUACGCUGCCGCAAGUUGGCGCUGCCGUGGUGAAAGUGUUGGAGAAGUCGGGAGCGGAAGAGAUUAAGAACAAGGUCAUUUACAUUCAGAGCUUCUGUGCAACGCAGAUGGAGGUUGUGAGAGCAUUUGAACGGGCGACGGGCCAGUCCUGGAAGGUGGUUCGUACCGACUCUCAAUCCUUUGUAAAGGAGGAAAAGGCCAAGGCAGAUGCCAAUGGGAUUGUAGGCUCAGAGGAACUGGUCUGGGUCCUGGGCACAUUACACGCAGACUGGGAGAGAAAAGAAGAGUUUGUGAAUAAAUUUUUGGGAUUGGAUGAAGAAGAUUUGGAUAAGGUUGUUGCCGGAUUUGUGGCUUAA